AUUUAUCUCUUAGCAUCCCCUCGGUUUUGAUUUCUUGACGUUGUCACAGCUGGUUUUGCUGAUUUAUGAAUGCCCUAAACUAGAAAUUAUCCCUUUAAGUCAUAUUAAGUAUGAUUUAAGUCUCAUCAUUUCCUUAUCUCCCUGUGCAUAGUGCCUCAUGUCCAGCUGUCAGCCUGACCUGUCCCAAGGAGGACUGCUGACCGCCUUGGAUUGACUAUUUAUGAGGUGACUGGUCAAAGGAUGAAGGCAUUUCAGGAGCUGAUUGGCCUGGUCGGUCUCAGGGCUUCUCAUGGCCAUAAAAGUUGAACAGCCAAACCCCCGUCCAAGCCCAUAUAUACCCCACAGAGUUAGCUUUUUAAUCAGUGACUCCCUCACUGCAUCCCAGCCCUUCAGCCAGUCUCUGCCGGCCUCCUCAUCAUCACUUUGUAGAGUCAGAAACCUGAAGGAAGCCACAAUGUCUGAGGGAAAGAAGAUGACUUCAAGCCGCAGGCAUCAUCUCAAGAGUUUAAUGCUGCAAAUCGCUGCCAACUUGCUCGAACAGGAAGCUGCUGAAAUCAUCGUCACCAAAGAAGCUUACCUCGCAGAGAACUGUGCCGCCCUCGACCUGAGCAGAGACCAAGCAGCUCUGAUGGACUUCUGCAAAAAGCUGCAUCAGGCCAUUGAUAAGAUUGAUGAGGAGAGAUACGACACCCAGGUCAAAGUGGAAAAGGCCGACAAAGAGAUCAAUGAACUGAAGAUGAAGGUCAUCGAGCUGGCCGGAGUGAAGAAACCAGCCUUGAAGAAAGUGCGUAUGAGUGCCGACGCCAUGCUUAAAGCUCUUCUGGGCUCCAAACACACGGUAAACAUGGACCUCAGGGCCAACCUGAAGCAGGUCAAGAAGGAAGUGAAGGAGGAGUCUGCUGAGGUGGUGGGCGACUGGCGCAAGAACAUUGAGGACAAGGCUGACAGGAAGAAGAUGUUUGAGACCUCUUAAAGACUUUCUCAUCCAACUUUUGUUUUGCUCAUUCUGGGAUGUUACAGCUCUUCUUCACUGUUGCCUCUGAUCUCUUACGUGCAAUUAAAUGUUCUUUUUGGAAUAAGGCAAUGCUGUGAAGCUGCACUUUUUUCAAGGCGGUCUUUUUUUAUUUUAACGGCUAAUUUAAGUUGGGCUAAUUUAUACGGGCUGUUGUAUAUUCACUUACUCCUGAGUUCAAUCAGGUUCAAUCAGAAAUCUAAAGCAGAAAAAGCUUUUUUUUCCAGGUGUAAGAUGACUUUAACAUAACUUACAUUUCCAAAUAGGCAGUUAGAAACUGAGAUGUGUUGUGCUGAUGUUGAACCACCAGAUGUCAGUAGAGAGCCCUUUCAUCCUUUAUUUGCUGGCUCCGUUUUCUUCUUUUACAUCUUCUCUUUUUAGUUUGAGUCCUAGAAGACUCAGCUAUCUGACUCAAGACUCAACUUUUUUUCGUCAUACCUGGAAUUUACUGCUCAAUCGUUUGUAAUCAAAUCAUAUUUGAUCACCAAUAAAGCUGCAGCCACACAGAGUUCUACAAAUGGUGAGUGCUGUUACUCUUUUGACCUUCAUCACUCUUUGUUUAACCACUGCAUUCAAUUUGUCUUCAUUCCUUACAAUAUUUACAGUUUUUAUGUUAAAUAACUCGUAUAAAUUAAGUAGGGAUUUCUCAACAUAGUUUAUCAGGUAUGUUUAGAUGUUUAGAUAUCUUUCCAUUUGUGAAUGUCAUGGCUGAGAGGGGAACAGCUAACAACGGUUGUGUUAAACAUCAGAAAUUGUUUUUUCCUAAACUUUCAAGUGUUUCUCUUUUGAUUUAAAGUUCUAAGGAAGAAUGCAGUCAAUCAGACUGUUUUCAGCUUCUAUUAACAGUAAAUCAACAAUAAUAACAAUAAGUCAUCGUUAAUGCAUUCAGUGAUAGAAACAGAACAUAAAGACCAGAAACAAAACGAUGAUUGGUCAAGUUACAUUCCCUGUCUUACUUUCACUUUCCUGAUUCCCUCUCAUAGGCAGCGACCUGGUGUGAUGAAUUUCAAACUUAAUGUGCAUUUAAAAAAAAACCCUCAAAUACUAAUAUUUGGAUAGUCAAAACAAAAUCGAACAUUUAGUACAUUCGUAUUGAAAUAUUAGUGCUUAUUAAUGUGCUUAUUAUAGGUAGUAGCACAGUGUAGUACAUCAGUAUUAUACUGGUGUUGCAUCUAUAUGUGGUAAGCAUACAUAUCAAACCAUCAAACAUUAUUUCACUGUUAGGAUAAUAAUAUGGCUUAUAUAAUUCUUUUUUUAUUUGUAAUGUAAUCCACCAAAAACUGAAGGAAGGAAAUUUUCUUGCGAUUUCCGUCUGUAAGCAAAGAGGAAAAAGCCAAAAUGAUGCCAAAUUAGUUGUUUUGCUUCAUUUAUACAUUUUAACUUACAUUUACACGUUAAUUUGUUUCAUUUAAAUAUUAGAUUUUUAUUUAUGACUUUUUUAAAAUUUUACAAAAUAUAUGUCCAAAUUUCAAAAUGACCAUCAGCAUUAUGGCUUCAAGCACAUAAAACUCAUCAGUAUUAAACUGUCUUCUUAAGUCAGACUUUGUUUGAUGCCAUUUUGUCAGAUUUAGUUUUGUUGUAGUUUUUCUGUUUUUGUUUGCUCUGUAUUUGGCACACUGACUCUACCAAGGGUGUGGAACAAAAUCCACGGCCCUCUUUGCUCAAAGAGCUGAUUUUAAGUUGUACUGGCUGUCAGUUUUUAUGGUUUGAUUUUGUGUUUAGCCUCUUAACGUUCACCACGUCACCGGUGGCCCAUCGAGGGUGAUGGUUCUUUUUGUUUUGCAACAUUCACACAGUUUAUAGGGACAUUUGCUGAAAUUACAGGAUGUUACCUUUGACAUACAGUUGUACUUUCAUUUCGGUAUUAGCAUUUUAAAAAGGGGUGAAUUUAAUUCACCCUCCCUCUCCCCCUCACCCCUACACUUAACCCUUAACCUUAACCCUGGACAGGACAUCAGUGAUGUCAUGUGUGUGAAGAGUAACUUGGUGCUGAAGCCUCAUUUUAACGACAGCUGAACUUGAUUGUGUCUAACAGCUUCAAAUGCUGUUCUCAGAGCUCAGUGGGAAUCAGUGAGAUUGAAUUACGUCAGCCACUCCGUUUGACUGUUGUGUGACAAUUGCUUCGUCCCUCCACUGGCCUCUGCGGGUGGGAACCUGAUAGCGUCUGUCCAGCCUCCCGUCCAGCCUCUCAUCCAGGGAGGCGACUUCCUCCAGUAGAAAUUUAUGAGGUUCCUCGUGGUAUUUCUGGAGCCUGAUGACCCAUUGGUCUGAAGUAGCUCUGCUACCAUAAAAAGGGCUGGCUUUCCUGCUGAGCCAGCACUUUAUAGCCUAUAUACUCUGUUUAAUCUUUACUGUUUGAGACUUAGCUGUGUCUCCCUCCCUGUUCUUCUUCCUCGUCUUGCUCAGUAGGGUGUGAAGAUCACAAACAGCCAAAAUGACUGAGUGA